AGAAGAUGAAGGGUCCUUCACAACACGACGUAUCGUUUUGGAACCGGAAGUCAAACUGCUGUUUGCAUCCAUAUGAACCGAACGCUCUCCGUUUAUGCUUGUUCAUUUUAAGUGGAAAGAUGCUGUCUAUUUUCAAGUCCAUUCCCACACACAUGGAUUAUAAAGGCCAGAAGCUGGCUGAACAGAUUUUCCAGGGAAUAAUACUCAUCUCAGCGGUGAUUGGAUUCGUGUAUGGUCUGAUCAUUGAACAGUUUGGGUGGACAGUGUACAUAGUGUUGGCUGGUUUUGCUGUGUCCUGUGUGCUGACCCUGCCUCCAUGGCCUAUGUUCAGACAGAAUCCUCUGUCCUGGCAGCCAGUUAUACCAGAGACCAGUGGGGAGUCCAGCCAAAAACCUCAGGAAAGUCUCAAGAAGAAGAAGCACAAGUAACUCAGAGCUAUCCCUGCCCGGCUGUUAAUACAUCCUUUUUAUAUUGGAAAUUACUUACUUCUUAUUACUAGAAUUUUUUGUCUGACAGUUCACAUUCAAAGCAUUUGGGAAGAAAAUGUUGUUAGUGUUUAUCAGUCAAUAAUGAAAUACUUACAUGUCCAAAUAAUAAACAUCUGAUACUGCCUAUGUUUUA